UACCCGGCCAUAUUUUUCAAUACCGGUUGUUGCCAUUUAAUUUCUUUCAAAUUUGAGAAAUUUUAGACCACAAGGUUCACUCUCAACUGGCACAGGAGCUGCUCAAGAAUUCGAGCUACAAAGGGUUAAAAGUUCGUGUUUUUGUUUUAUUUUUCAUCUGGGUAUUCUUAAAAAAAUGGAUCUUUAAUAUCUUUUUGUCCGAUUUCUUCAACCCCAUGAUUCCUUGAAGCCUUAAGUCUGGAAAAGGCUAAUUCUUUGUAGUGAGAGACACUUUCUUGGUGGUAUUGGUUUGAUAUUAGUCAACUAUGGGACAUCUUGGGGUCUUGUGGCUAUUCAUUUUGGUGAAAUGGGUGUUCCUGAGUAGUCUUGUGUGUUGCAAGAAGCCUGAUGUUGUGAAUAUUGGUGCAAUUUUUACUUUUAAUUCAGUCAUUGGAAGAGCUGCAAAGCUGGCAAUGGAAACUGCAGUGGAUGAUGUCAAUGCUAAUCCUGGAAUUAUGAAUGGCACUAAACUCAGGUUGAUCAUGCAGGAUGCCAACUGUAGUGUCUUCUUGGGUUCUACUGAAGCUUUUCAAAUAAUUGAAAAAGAGGUAGCAGCCAUAAUUGGUCCGCAGUCAUCUGCAAUUGCUCACAUGAUUUCUGUGAUUGCUAAUGGUCUUCAAGUUCCACUUGUUUCAUUUGCUGCCACUGAUCCUACUCUGUCUUCCCUUCAAUUCCCAUAUUUUGUCCGAACUACACAAAGUGACUCCUAUCAAAUGGCGGCUAUGGCUGAUUUGAUUGAAUUUUAUGGGUGGAAAGAGAUCAUUGCCAUCUUUAUUGAUGAUGAUUACGGAAGGAAUGGAAUAUCUGCCUUAGGUGAUCAGCUUGUAAAGAAAAUGGCAAAAAUUUCACAUAAAUUGCCUUUGCCAGUUGGUUUUGGUCAAAAUGACAUUAUAGAUUUACUCAACAAAUCCAAAUUUCUUAGUCCUCGUGUCUAUGUUGUUCAUGUUAACCUUGACCCUAGACUAAGAAUUUUUACCAUUGCCAAUAAGCUUCAGAUGAUGACCAGUAAUUAUGUAUGGCUUGCUACUGAUUGGCUCUCCACUACUUUAGAUUCAUUCUCUACAAUGAAUCAUAUCUCUUUCCAUGUGCUUCAAGGGGUAGUUGGGCUUCGUCAACAUAUUCCAGAGUCCAACAAGAAGAAGGAUUUUGUGUCUCGCUGGAGAAAACUGCAACAGAAAGGGUUAGCAAGUUCAGCGGUAAACUCGUAUGGUUUUUUUGCUUAUGAUACAGUUUGGGCAGUUGCACAUUCGAUUGACAAAUUCAUCAGGGAUGGGAACAAUUUCACAUUUUCAUUCAGUGACAAGUUGGUUGAUAAGAAAUCAAUUGAAAUGCAGCUGAAUACACUAAAAGUUUUUGAUAAUGGUGAUGUUCUGCUCAAGAAAUUAUUGCAGACAAACUUUAGUGGUUUAUCUGGUCAAGUUUAUUUUAGUUCAGAUCAGAACAUUGCUAGUGGAGAUUAUGAUGUCAUUAAUAUUGACGGGAUGGCUGUUCGUACAGUUGGUUAUUGGUCUAAUCAAUCUGGUUUCUCUGUUUUGCCACCAGAAGUUCUCAAAAUGGGACAAAAUAACUUUUCUUCUGCAGAACAGAAGCUUCAAGAAGUUACCUGGCCUGGUGGAAAUACAGAAAGGCCACGUGGCUGGGAGAUUGCAAGUAAUGAAAGACCAUUGAGAAUUGUAGUUCCCUACAGAGUUAGCUUUGUUGAAUUUGUUACAAAAGUGCAUGAUAGCCAUAAAAUCCAAGGAUACUGCAUUGAAGUGUUCACUGAAGCUAAAAAAUUAGUACCGUAUUAUGUUCCAUACAGAUUUGAGCUCUUUGGGGAUGGUCAAUCAAAUCCUAAUUACUAUCAGCUCGUAAAGAUGGUUUCAAAUGAUGUAAGUUGUUCAUUUCACUGUCCUAUAAUUGGGAAUUAAGGAAAAGAAAUUUAUAACUGAAACUAGGAUUUCUGAAGCUGUGAUGGCUAUCCAUAAGACAAGACAACAUGCCAUCUGGGUCUGGAGUAACUGCAUUUAGGGUUGCCUUCAUCCUUGAUACCAAAGUUAUACCAAUUGGGUAAAGCAUGGUCAUAUCUUCAUUGACAUUUAUAUGCAUGGUUAGAUGUUAUCUAUAUGGCAAAAAAUUUGUAAGCUGUAAUUGGUUUAUCUGUGGCAUGCUGGUCCUUGCAUUUACAUGGGGAAUGUUUUGUAACCUGAUAUAUAAAAUUUGUUCAACACUCCUUUAUUGUUCUUAAGUAUUAUGAUGCCAGGUGUUUGAUGCAGCGGUUGGUGACAUUGCAAUUGUGAAGGACCGAACAAAAAUUGUGGACUUUUCUCAACCUUAUAUAGGCACUGGUCUUGUCAUAGUUGCUCCUAUCAACAAUGCAAAAUCAAGUGCUUGGGUCUUUCUACAACCAUUUACUGUACAGAUGUGGGGUGUUACUGCAUCUGCUUUUGUGGUGAUUGCAGUGGUUAUUUGGAUUCUUGAGCAUCGAGUUAAUGAUGCUUUCCGGGGUCCUCCAAAGAGGCAACUCAUAACAAUGUUUCUGUAAGUCAUUGCAAUUUUAGAAGAAGCCAAUGUGAAUAUCAAAAUUUAAUCUUUGUCUAGAGGAACCUUUAUUGUUCAAUUUUAACUGUUUUGUGUUCCAUAUUUUAGUAGAAAGCUUUGUGCGUUAGAAGAAGCCCUUGUAUUCAUAGAAUUCACCUCUAAUUUGAUUGAGUCUUUCAAUAUUUCAGGUUCAGCUUCUCAACACUGUUCAAGAAAAACCGUAAGGAAAA